AUGAAGAUGAUCAUAUUUCUAAUUGGAACAUGGAGAACCACCCAAGAAAACAGUACAACCACAACGGAGGAGGUGGACGCCACCGAGUACCGGCGCCUUGUGGGGAGCCUUCGCUACCUCGUCCACACGCGGCCAGACUUGGCGUUCUCCGUCGACUACGUCAGUUGGUUCAUGCAGCGACCGACGGCGGAGCAUCUGCAGGCGGUCAAGAGGAUCCUCCGCUACGUCGCGGGCUCCCUCGACUAUGGCCUGCACUACCCUCGGUGUCCCGGCGCGAUGCACUUCAUCGGCUACUUCGACAGCGAUCACGCUGGUGACAUCGACACGAGCAAGAGUACCAGCGGAAGCCUGUUCUUCAUUGGCCGGUGCCUUGUCAGUUGGCAGUCAGUCAAAUAG